AUGUUAUCCUACGAAAUAAUAAACCAAGAAGAUACUGCUAUAAUAAGAGAAGUCUACGACAAUGAUAACUCGCAAGAAAUGUUUGAGCAGGAACUGGACAAUGCCCUAGAGGCUGGCUACAAGUAUAUUAUUAUCGAACCAACUCAGCUAGCUGAUGAAACUGUGAGAUGGAUUACUGUUGGCAAUUUUCUUUCUCAAACAGCUAUCAUAUCUAGUGCUUUGUCUGCAGGAACAGCUUAUUUUUGGACUUCCAAGCCAUUUGUAUAUGGCCCUUUGUGUAUGGCUUCAUUUGUGUGCACUGGACUGUAUAUGAUCUCGUGGCAGUUUGAUCCAUGCUGCAAGUAUCAGGUGCACAAGGACCCAAGAUUGAAAUCACUCCAAAAAGAAGACAACACUCCAUCAUUGCCAGUGGUUAUAGAACGUGGCAGCGAUACCAAAAGGAAAAUUGUACACACAUCAGUAACAGUUGUGUCAACUGCAUAUUGUAUUUGGAAGCUGUACGAAUAUUGCAAAUAA